UAUACAGAACUUGAAAGGCUAAUCGUAAAAAAUUAUUUUUUAAAAUGGGAGAUUCAUUAAAUUCUGAAGACAUUCCUUUAGCUUGGCCGAAAGAAUUACCACAGCUCAAAGAUAUAGACGAUCGUCUUCAUUGUCCGAUUUGCUACAAUUAUAUGAAGAAUCCUGAUACCACUUGUUCACACAAUUUUUGCUCACGAUGCAUCAGGAAUAACAUAAGCUUGAAGAAUAGUUGUCCUAAAUGUUUUAUUGACAUUUCUGAUGGGAUGUUGCGUCCUAAUCGAUGUCUUGAAGUAAUCAUGAAAUGUUUUCAGUCAGUAAAAAACUAAGUUUUACAAGCUCUUAUUGAGAAAAUACCCAACACUGGAGAUGAACAGUUGGAUGACAAUCAUCAUGUAGGAACCACAACAGACAAUAUUCUACCAUGUUCUUCAUCUACAAGUGGCUCUGUGUUACAUGGUGAAGGACCUCCUAAAAUGAGUUCAGAUCUUCUCAUACCCAGCUUUCCAUCACAACUCCCACAAGCAGGUGAUAAAGCAGCUGAAGGCCUGGACCAAAACACCCCUACAUAUUCUUUCUCAUUACCACUACCUGCUGCGGAUACUCAGCAAUCUCCAAUGGCUUCAUGUAGUCAAUCCAGGAAACCUACAGCAAGAGCUAGUGUAUAUCAACAGUCACAAAAGACCCCAAAAAGUAUGAAAGAAGUUCCUUGUCCAGUGUGUAAUAUAUAUAUGAGAGAGUCUCUCAUAAAUGUACACCUGGACUCUUGCUUGGAAAAGACUAAACCUGCCAAGAGGAAGCCCAUGCCAAAGCUGAUAUAUAAUCUGAUGAAGGAUCAAGAGUUGAGAAAAAAGCUCAGAGAGUUAGGGCUGAAUGCAUCGGGUGACAAAACUACUUUGAUUAAUCGACAUAAAAAAUUUACAAUCCUUUACAACUCCGAAUGUGACGCCACAGAUCCAAGACCCGUUGAGGAACUGAAAGCUAUAUUUGAACAAGAAGAAGCAGAAAGCCGUCGAUUAGCCAACGAAUUGCGUUAUGCUCCUGCAAAAAUCAAAACAAAUGAUAUUGGAAAAAUCGAAGAAGAAAAUCUUCAGUAUCUAAAGAACAACAAAGAGAGUUACGAGCGCCUAAUCAAUGAAAUUCGACAGCGUCCAACAUUGGCGGUCCCGUCUUUGCCUGCAGAGCCAACGCCCGUUCAGGUUAAAAGUGAGCCUCUAAAAGAAGAACAUAACAGUGAAGACGAGGUGACUGAAAUAUAUGUGCCACCAAAAGUCUUUGAGAUGAUAUGUUUAUCCGACAGUAGUGAUAAUGAUGAGCCGGGUGGAGCAUGUGCGGUGUCGUCGUCGGAAACAUCUGGUCCUGAUUGCGACAGUUCCAGACCACCAUCUUCCAACAAUUCAAUCCCGGAUCCCAUGGAAUCUGGAUGUUCUAAAGACAGUAGUUGCCUAUCAAUCGGCGGUCAAACUAUCACGUUGUCGACGACUGGAUCAAGUGACCAUAAUUCCACAUCGCCGACGUGCUAUAGUCCAGUUGAUGAGUCAUCAAAUGACUUGUUUGAUGACGAAAAAAGCGGCAUUCCCGCGCUUCCGUUAGACAACACGAAGCUUAGAAAAUCAAAUAAAAGAUCAAAGUCUCCAACGCCGGACAUUUCCCAACGCAGAAUGUCAUUGAGACGGAGAUUGUAAUUACGGCUGUAUAAUUGUAAAUAAUUUAUCAUCAGAUUUGUUGCAAUUUUGGUUUUGCCUAUUUUGCAUGCCAAUCAUUUGGUUAAAAAUUUUAUUUUUCGAUCGAGAUAAACUGCAGAAAUUUCUUAAGGAAAUCGACGAAAAAUGGAACACCAAAAAUUAAUUGGCUUCUAAUUU